ACCCAACAAGAGAUUGAAGAUACGUUUUCAGACCGAAGUAUCUCAUCACCUCUUCCUCCCGUUACUUUUGUCUCCACCAGAACAGAAGUUGCAGACUUUAUCCGAAUCUAGGGUUUAUUCGAAUCAGGUCUCAGCUUCUGUGUCGUUUGCCCAUCAGAUCAACAAAGUUUCAUGUCUGAACUUGAUUCCCAGGUCCCUACUGCCUUCGACCCGUUUGCUGAUGCGAAUGCUGAGGACUCAGGUGCGGGAACAAAAGAGUACGUCCACAUCCGUGUGCAGCAGCGCAAUGGUAGGAAAAGCUUGACAACCGUCCAGGGGCUGAAGAAAGAGUAUAGUUACAGCAAGAUACUUAAGGACCUCAAGAAAGAGUUUUGUUGCAACGGAACAGUGGUUCAAGACUCUGAACUCGGACAGGUUAUUCAGCUUCAAGGAGACCAGAGGAAGAACGUCUCCACGUUCCUAGUCCAGGCUGGCCUUGUGAAGAAGGACAACAUCAAGAUCCAUGGUUUCUGAGCUGCUUUGUCCCUAGUUUGCUUUAUUCUGUUAUAGUGUAUCACACUAUCGUUCUCCCUCCCUUUCCAAAACAUUUCCUCAACUUCUUCUUUGAUCUCUUGUGUUGCUUGGUUUUGUUUCGGUUUAGACUCGGUAUGAUACUAAGAGACUACCAUCUAUGUAACCUUGUGUUACUCUUGCUACUUGUUUAAUAAAAAUAGAUAUGAAAUUGAAUCA